AAACAGCAGGAGCCAGGUCAUGAGUGCAUCUAUACACUGUGUGGCACGAAUGGAGUUACUCUGGGAUAUAUCUGCUUCUAAAAAUACUUCUUUUUUGGAUGCAUAUGGAGAUAAAUAGUCUUAUACUUUUGCAGCACGGAAUCUGAUCUUCCGCUGAACAGGUGCGCAAAACUUAAACUCAUCAUCGUGCUUUUUCACUUAGAGAGAAAUAAACUUAAGGGUUGGAUAAAUAUGGAUAAACACUGGAUUUAUGCUACUUAAUUUGAAACAUUUUUACGAAAAACUGAUUUUUGCCAACCCUUAUAAUACAUGUGAUUAAAAAAAUUGACGAGAACAUCUAACCCUAAAUACAACCAGCAGAGGAUGCAGAGUAUGACACCACAACAGAAAACACAGAAGCCACUGAAUUAUACGGAAACUGUCGCGUGGAAUGCAGAUGAAAAUAUAGAAAUGUAUUGAAAGUAAUCGGCUGUAUGAUGGAGCGCUUUCUUCAGAAUCAGCGGUUCUUCCUGAGGAUUUCACUUCUCUGCACUAUCCUAUGUGAGUCAAUCUCUUGUUGUGAGAAGACUCAUUCACACGCUGAAGAUGAACUCUUCAAAAAGCUCUUUGAUGGCUACAACAAGUGGUCAAGGCCUGUACCAAACACCUCUGAUGUUGUCAUUGUCAAGUUUGGUUUAUCUAUUGCCCAGCUGAUUGAUGUGGACGAGAAGAAUCAGAUGAUGACAACAAAUGUCUGGCUAAAGCAGGAGUGGAAUGACUAUAAACUACGCUGGAAGCCUUCAGACUACGACAAUGUGACUUCUAUCAGGGUUCCGUCAGAACUAAUCUGGGUCCCGGAUAUAGUUUUGUACAACAAUGCAGAUGGGGAGUUUGCGGUGACCCACAUGACCAAAGCCCACCUCUUCCACACAGGUAAAGUGCUCUGGGUUCCACCUGCCAUCUACAAGAGCUCAUGCAGCAUAGAUGUCACCUUCUUCCCCUUUGACCAGCAGAACUGCAAGAUGAAAUUCGGUUCGUGGACUUACGACAAAGCCAAGAUUGACUUAGAGCGCAUCGAGAACACGGUCGACCUGAAAGAUUACUGGGAGAGCGGCGAGUGGGCCAUCAUCAAUGCUGUCGGCACCUACAACACCAAGAAGUACGACUGCUGCCAUGAGAUAUACCCAGACAUCACCUACUUCUUCAUAAUCCGCCGUCUGCCGCUCUUCUACACCAUAAACCUCAUCAUCCCCUGCCUGCUCAUCUCCUGCCUGACCGUCCUGGUCUUUUAUCUCCCGUCAGAUUGUGGUGAGAAGAUCACGCUGUGUAUCUCAGUCCUCCUCUCGCUCACCGUCUUCCUGCUGCUCAUCACAGAAAUCAUCCCCUCUACCUCGCUUGUGAUCCCGCUCAUUGGCGAAUACCUUCUCUUCACUAUGAUCUUCGUCACCUUGUCCAUCGUCAUCACCGUCUUCGUGCUUAACGUCCACCACCGCUCACCCAGCACUCAUAAGAUGCCCCAUUGGGUUCACUCAGUCUUCUUGGAUUUGAUCCCACGGUGCUUGUUUAUGCGUAGACCUGCACCGGACAGCCGUCGCAGGCAGAAACUCCUCCUCCUGCAGCGGCAGGGCCAAGGAAUGACAUCACGGGUUCUUGGACCGGCAAACGCAACCCUCAGUACAGCUACUAGCUGGUUCAGAGGAGAGGAUGAGUCCCGCAGACGCUUCGGUUAUAAGGAUUUAGAACUGGGAACGCUGUCCUCGGCAAUCUCGCUUUCACUCCAGACCCCUUCGCCCUGCCCUCUCAUCUCGACUCCACCUCCUCUACAGAAAUUUGGCCCCUCCUCAAGACUGGAGUUGGGCCUGGCUUCCAGGCAGCUUGGUGGAAGAGUUAAUGUCACAAAGCGGCCUGAAAACAUGAUGCCAGACACCCCAGGGUUCCCUCUGUCCCCCAGUGUCCUGCAAGCUCUGGAGGGGGUUCACUACAUAGCAGACCACCUGAGAGCAGAAGAUGCUGACUUUAGUGUAAAAGAGGACUGGAAGUAUGUUGCUAUGGUAAUAGACAGAAUCUUCCUAUGGAUGUUCAUCAUAGUUUGUUUGCUGGGCACAAUCGGACUCUUUCUCCCGCCCUGGCUUGCAGGCAUGAUCUAGGAAACACACUAGUGAGUAUAUUAUAUGAACAAUAAGGACUUCUAAUGUUUAGGCUUCCACAGGAAGAACCAGCAUGGGGACACAACACCCCUUCUAGCAGGGAACAUCACGCAUGAGAUCGCGUGCUGAGAUUUCCCCUGUAUGGGGUCAGAUGCAUGUUUGACAUCAGGAAUGUGGCAUCAAAUACCUGACAUUUGCUUAGGUCAGAUAUUGAGAGGAAAGCCACAAAUUAAAGAAGCUUGUCUAUGAAAACGCUUGUAUUUGAAUGUAUAACCUUAAAUAGUAUUGUAAAAAAUAAACAUGCAAACUGGAAAUUACUACACAAAUAAAAGCACUGAGGUUGCGAUUUCUCAUGACUUGUUACUCUUCAUAUCAAAGAGUGCACACUUAAGAGAUGAGACAAAGUGGUUUGUGGGCAUACAGUAUAUGUGUGUUGAGUCUGUCUUGGUACCAACCUCCCGAA